GAGAAGCAUAAAAAUUUAUAAAAGAUAAAUCCUAAAACCCCAGGCUCUCAAGUCUCAACUGCCUCUCCACUGUCCCAUUUUCGAUCACGAUGGGUUCUUCUUCUUCAAUCACCACUGUCUCACUCCACUAUCAACCGAAAUCUCACCUUUUCAGGUCUUCAAAACCCGUCUCCUUCAACCCGCUCGAUCUCCACAGGUCACUCUCGCUCCCAUAUCACUCAACCAAGCUUCAUAUUUCCCCAAAACCCUCAUAUAUCUCCACACCCUUUUCUCAAUUCCAUGUUCCCAGGAUACCCACUUCAAAUUUCUCAAGGAUUGCCAAUCAUCUUAUCCCAAAGGAGGAAAUUUUCAAAUUUUUUUCAGAAAAAGUUGUGGUUUUUCUUGUUGGGUCAGUCAUUUUCAUGUGGUGUCUGGGUGCUAGGCCAGCAAUGGCAUUACCUGCUCAUAUGGGCAGAUAUAGUUCAAAUGUGGAACAAAAGAGAGAUGCCCAGGAUAGUGAGAGUGAACAUGACGACAUGUAUGCGAAGAUAUUGGAGAAGGACCCAAGGAAUGUUGAAGCAUUGAAGGUGGUUUUGUAUGGGAAGAUGAGGAGAGGGAAAACAAAGGAGGCUGUGGAGUAUGUGGAGAGGUUGAUUGACAUUGAACCGGACGAAGUUGAAUGGAGGCUUUUGCAGGCGCUUUCUUAUGAGAUUAUGGGGCAUCUGAGUAAGGCUAAAAGGCUGUUCAAGGAAAUUUUGAAGGAGAGGCCACUGCUGCUCAGAGCUUUACAUGGUUUGGCAUUGGUGAUGCACAAGAACCAUGAGGGCCCAGAUGCCGUGUUUGAGAUGCUAAAUAAUGCUUUGGAAGUUGCUCGUCAUCAAAAAAGAGUCACUGAGGAGAGAAGCAUAAGGAUUCUAAUUGCACAAAUGCAUGUUGUACAGGGAGACUUGGAGGAGGGCUUGAAGAAAUUUCAAGAUCUAGUUGAUGAGAAUCCUCGUGACUUUCGGCCUUAUCUUUGCCAGGGGAUAAUCUACAGUCUGCUGGACAAAAAGAAGGAAGCCCAGGAACAGUUUGAGAUAUACCGGACUCUAGUACCAGAAGAAUUCCCCCAGAGGGGGUUCCUUAACGAUGUUGUAUCAGCAGCAAAGGCAAAAUCCCGAGAACGGUUCCAUAAGGAGUUUCAGGCAGAAUUCUCAAACAUAAGGUAGGGCUUUUGCUCCUCUCAUCACAGAUUGAGCUGGUAAUUAUCUGCCCUUAACAUCAUUUGUACUGGGAGGAAAUGCAUGUGAAGAUGCAGACUCUGAACAAUGUUCCGAUGGUUAUACGCUAACCGAUGAGUUUUAGCUCUGAGUUUUAAGUGAGGUAAGGAAAUGGAUCGGGUUCUUUGUAAUCAACUGUUUUAUCAGAGGAAAAAGAAGUUGAAAAGAUUGUGAUAUGCAAGUUGGAAUUUGGCAAUUUCAAUCUCCAUCUCCAUUAUUUUUGCUA